AUGCCGGAAAAUAAUGAUUCAGAGCUGGUAUUGGGAGGUUCUGGAGCUGGGGAGAAUGGCGACCCGAAUGGAAUUAUUCAUGUGGGGCCUCAUGUUGGUACUUUCCAAGCAGCUGAGAGUGAUGAUGGAGAGGAAGUUUCAGCUUUUGUUGAGCCAGGGGAUGUGGUUGACUUAACUGAUUCAGUUAAUCAGGAACCCAGUUCCCUGCUCGUGGAACCUGUCAACCAUGAUCACAGGGCAUUGGUGAUGGAAGCUGAUUCUGUUCAGGAUGGUCUAAAUGAUGUUAGGGUGACUGAAGAUGGGGGAAGAGAAGACAUGUUUGUUGAUUGUCCGGAUGAGUUAAAUCCUGACAGUAGGGAAACAAUAGAAAUUUCUGAAACCCAACACAGGUUGGAGGCAAAGGGUGAUGUACAUACUCAUUUUAAUGGAUCAGGUAGCAGGAAUAUGGAUAAGGAUUUGAUGGGAGAGCUAGAACAUCUGCAGGGUUUGCUUAACAGAACUAUUGCAGAGAAAGAUAGCUUUGCAAGGGAGUACGAGGAAGAAAGAGCAGCAUUCACGAGAGAGCUUGCUCAACUUCACCAUCAACUCAAGGCUCUGGAUCGACAUCAGUCAUUGCACAAUCAAAAUGAUGCUGGGUUAGUCAAUAGUCUUAAUAAAGCCAAAACACAAGACAGGGAGGAGAAGACUCUGGCAUCCUAUGCAGAAUUGCAUGAGCUGAUUGGUGAGUCCUCCAAGUUUCUUCAAAAUGCUUUGAAUGAACGAACGGAAACCGAGGGCACAAUUAGAGAACUCCAUGCGAUAUUAUAUAUGAAGGAUCAAGAAAUUGAGGAUCUCCAUGCAAGGGUUACUGACAUCGAGGCUCAGCUUGAGNAUGCUGGGUUAGUCAAUAGUCUUAAUAAAGCCAAAACACAAGACAGGGAGGAGAAGACUCUGGCAUCCUAUGCAGAAAAGGACCAGCAUAUCGAGGCAAUUGCAAACAGGAUUUUAGCUUCUCUUGCUACAGCAGUUCAUCCAGAAGAAUUGUUGGAGGAAUCUGUUACUGGAAAAAUAUCUCUUGUUGAGAAAAGCACCUCACUUUUAAUUGGAAAGUAUAAUGGAUUCCUUUCUGAAAUUAAUAAACUAAGGCACUGUUUGACUGAGGUUGGGACAGAUGUCAGUGUGCAAGAUGAAGUGGAGAUUUUUGUCACUGCACGUGAUAAAUUACUUGAGUUCAGAGGAAAAGAUGUAAAGUUGGAUAAAAAACUAAGCCAUUUUGAACAGGAAAACAAGAAGCUGGAAGAACAACUUGAUAAACACAAAGAAACCCUUGCGAAGGCAAAUGCAGAGAUUGGAAAGCUUAGCGCGCAACUUGAACAGGAAAAGACAAAGUAUGCUAAUACCAAAGAGAAGCUUAGUUUGGCUGUGAAUAAAGGAAAGGCGUUGGUUCAGCAACGAGACUCACUCAAGCAGUCGCUGGCUGAGAAAAUGAGUGAGCUCGAAAGAUGUUUGAUUGAACUGCAAGAAAAGACAAAUGCUCUUGAGGCUGCUGAACAAUGUAAGGAGGAGUUAAUCAAAAGUGAAGAUUUGGCUGCUUCACUGCAGGAAGCAAUCUCACAAAGGGAUAUGAUUAUUCAGAAAUGUGAAGAAAUUUUGUCUGAAAAUGGAGCAACCAAGGAAGUUUGCUCGUUGGAUGUCAUUGAGAAAGUUAGAUGGCUCGCCGGUGAAAGAAAUUCACUGAAUGUUAUAUCCUUGGAAUUUCAUAGACUGGCCGAUGCCUUAUCAUUAAUUGGUUUUCCUGAAACUAUGCAAUUCUCCGACAUGGAUUCUAGGGUCAAGUGGCUUGUAGAAUCGUUUCAUAUCGCUAAAAAUGAAGUUGUUAAUUUGCAAGAUGGCAUAACAAGAACAAGAGAAGCUGUGGAAAAUGAAAUGGACUGCCUAACCACAUCACUUUUGACAGAAAUACAGGAAAAGUAUUACCUUCAAGAGGAAUUGGAUGACUUAACGCUCAAGUUUGAAGGGAUUGUUGAAAAGCACAAUCGAAUCUCACUGGUGAAGGAUCAGAUGGUCAGUAUGUUGUUAAAGGCAUCUGGAGUUACCAUGGAAAUUCAGGAAGAUGCAACUCAGCCACAGGCUGACAUGGCUAUGAUCUUUGAUAGAUGCUUUGGGAAGAUAAAAGAACAAAUCACUGCAUCUUUUGAGUCAUCUCAUGUUGAAAUCGAAAUAUUUGAAAGAAUUCAGAGUCUCUUGUAUAUAAGGGAUCAGGAAUCAGUUUUGUAUGACCAAAUGUUAGAAGAAGAAAUGCUGGUUAAAUCAGAGGUGAAUCAUUUGUCAAAUGAGUUGGCAGUGCUCUCAGAGAAACUUAGUGUGCUGAAAGAUGAGAAAGACUCUCUUCAGAAAGAUCUUGAACGAACUGAGGAGAAAGGUAUUCUAUUGAAGGAAAAAUUAUCCAUGGCAAUUAAGAAAGGCAAGGGACUGGUUCAAGAGCGGGAAAACUUGAGACAACUUCUGGAUGGAAAAAAUGCUGAAAUUGAGAAGUUGAAGCUUGAACUAGAACAUCAAGAAUAUGUUUCUAGAGACUGCAGGGCUCAGCUUGAUAAAUUGUCAGCUGAUGUGGAACGUAUCCCAAAGUUGGAUGCUGAUCUAGUUGCUGUGAAGGAUGAGAGGGAUCAACUUGAGCGGUUCUUAGUGGACAGCAAUAGCAUGUUACAGAGAGUAAUUGAGUCAAUCGAUGACAUUGUGCUUCCAGUUGAUNCGUAUCCCAAAGUUGGAUGCUGA